CAGGUUAUCAUGGGAGCUGGUUAUCAUGGCAACUGGGUAUCCCAGUAACAGGUUAUCAUGGGAGCUGGUUAUCAUGGCAACUGGGUAUCCCAGUAACAGGUUAUCAUGGGAGCUGGUUAUCAUGGCAACUGGGUAUCACAGUAACAGGUUAUCAUGGGAGCUGGUUAUCAUGGCAACUGGGUCUCACAGUAACAGGUUAUCAUGGGAGCUGGUUAUCAUGGCAACUGGGUAUCCCAGUAACAGGUUAUCAUGGGAGCUGGUUAUCAUGGCAACUGGGUAUCCCAGUAACAGGUUACCAUGGGAGCUGGUUAUCAUGGCAACUGGGUAUCCCAGUAACAGGUUAUCAUGGGAGCUGGUUAUCAUGGCAAAUGGGUAUCCCAGUAACAGGUUAUCAUGGGAGCUGGUUAUCAUGGCAAAUGGGUAUCCCAGUAACAGAUUAUCAUGGGAGCUGGUUAUCAUGGCAAAUGGGUAUCCCAGUAACAGGUUAUCAUGGGAGCUGGUUAACAUGGCAACUGAUCAUCAUGGUAGCUGGUUUUCAUUCCAAUUGGUUAUCAUGGGAACUGGUUGUCAUUCCAACUGGUUGUCAUUCCAACUGAUUCUCAUGGCUAUAGAUUUUCAUGCUAACAAGUAGUGAAUAUUGGGAAAAGAUGAGCUUGGCCUAUGACCAUGGUGGUAAUAUCUAUAGGCUCUAUCAUUUCUUGAAACAAGUAGUUGCUGUUUUCAAAAGCAUUAGAUUAGUUGAGAGGGAUUUGAGUAAAGCAGAACUGGGCUUGAUAUUGAGUUGUCAAAAAGCUGGCACUUACCAUAGUGCAACUGUACAAUGAAAGGAUGGUUUAUAUCUGCCAGGAUAUCCCUUUCCAUCUUUGUUCGUACUCUGUCUCUCACU